CCUUGAAUGUGAGAAAUGGUUGAGGAAUACUGAUCUGAUACUGCAGCACAACACUUCAGUGGUGUCUAUGAAGACCUUUUUGGUUUAUUUUGAGUAAAUUCGAAGUUCAGCCUCAGAUUUCGGGUUUGGGUUGUUUCCAGAGAAGUUGCAUGAUUCUGUCAGUGCUCGGUGUUUGAAACUGAAACUCUUUCCAGCACCACGUCUCAGGCUAUCGGCAUCUGGAUGAAGAUGAACGCUGAAUUCAUCGUAUUGAAUCACUUCAGUCAGCGGUACGCUAAGAUCCCUCUCUUCAGUGAUGACUUCAACAGCAAAGUGGGGAUGUCCUUCGACCUCAUGAGGAUCCGAUUUGGAGAUUUCCCGAUGCUUCCCCAGCUCAUUCGACCUCUGAAGGCAUUGUUUGCAGAGGAGAUUGAAGAGAUGGAGGAGAGGAGAGAAAGGAGAGAAAUGAAGAAAACUGCUGAGCCUCCAUCUAAUGGAGAGUCUGGAACGAGCCGAUAACCUGAAGAGACGAACAGAGUCACCAAGAGAAAGCAAGAUGACCUCAACCAGGAAGCAGCCAUCAAACGACUUAAGAUGAACUGAUGGGCAACCAAUCAGGGUGAAGGUUAGAUCAGCCCAACCAAUCAGAAGGCAGGCUGGGGAAAACUGAACCAAUGGGUUAUGAUCUUAAAAUGUAUAUGGGUAGAAGUCUGCAGUGUCCGACUGGAAAAGGUGAGAUUAAAGCAGCAGGAGAUUAAUCUGAGUUUCAAGUGAACACUGAAAUACAGCGUAUUGGUUCCUGGCUGGGAUCAGAUCUGGAGUCAGUCCCGCUGUGAUCGAUUUGACUAAAGCUGCAGGUCGAUGGUGGAAAAGUACAUUACCUUAAACCUUUGAAUGUUUGCCAUUUUAAUUUCAGCCCUCCAGCUUCUUUAAACCUGAAACAGAAACAUUUCAGCACUAAAGGAAGACGUUAGGUUUGGCAUUUUCAUUUGGGAGUGAUGCAGGAUUUCAGUUUAGUUUGAAUCAGGUAGGUUUUUUUGGCAAUUAAACAAUGCAGUGGUAU